GUUUCUCUCCUUCCGAUUUCAAAUUUCUGUUUUGAUCUCACUCUCCAUUGUUGCAAUUUAGAUCUAUUUCUAAUUGUUCGUGAUUCGUUUUUCUGUGAUCUGGUUUUUUGUACAGUGCCAUUAUCGGGGAGAGAGAUUAUGUUGACAAAGUUCGAAACCAAGAGUAACAGAGUUAAGGGUCUGAGUUUUCACCCUAAACGACCAUGGAUUCUCGCGAGUUUACACAGUGGCGUGAUCCAGCUUUGGGAUUAUCGUAUGGGUACUUUGAUCGAUAGAUUCGAUGAGCACGAAGGUCCUGUUCGUGGUGUUCAUUUCCACAAUUCUCAGCCUCUCUUCGUCUCCGGAGGGGAUGAUUACAAGAUUAAAGUGUGGAACUACAAAAACCACAGGUGCCUUUUCACUCUUCUUGGCCAUCUUGAUUAUAUCCGCACAGUUCAGUUCCAUCAUGAGUACCCAUGGAUUGUGAGUGCUAGUGAUGAUCAGACUAUUCGUAUAUGGAACUGGCAAUCACGGACUUGUGUUUCUGUGUUGACUGGUCACAAUCAUUAUGUUAUGUGUGCUUCUUUCCAUCCGAAAGAAGAUCUCGUCGUAUCAGCUUCCUUAGAUCAGACUGUCCGUGUUUGGGAUAUCGGUGCUCUUAGGAAGAAGACAGUAUCUCCUGCUGAUGACAUCAUGAGGUUGACUCAGAUGAAUAGUGAUCUUUUUGGUGGAGUUGAUGCUAUAGUCAAGUACGUCCUUGAAGGUCAUGACAGAGGUGUAAACUGGGCUGCUUUUCAUCCCACCUUGCCUCUUAUUGUCUCCGGUGCAGAUGACCGCCAAGUAAAGCUGUGGCGUAUGAAUGAAACUAAAGCUUGGGAGGUGGAUACAUUGCGAGGCCAUAUGAAUAACGUUUCAUCUGUUAUGUUCCAUGCAAAACAGGACAUAAUUGUGUCAAACUCUGAAGAUAAGAGCAUCCGUGUUUGGGAUGCUACCAAGCGAACUGGACUUCAGACUUUCCGUCGUGAACAUGAUAGAUUCUGGAUUCUUGCAGUUCACCCUGAGAUGAAUCUACUAGCAGCAGGUCAUGACAGCGGCAUGAUCGUGUUCAAACUUGAGAGAGAACGUCCUGCAUUUGCUUUGAGUGGGGAUUCUUUGUUCUAUGCCAAGGAUAGAUUCUUGCGGUAUUACGAAUAUUCAACUCAAAGAGAUUCCCAAGUUAUCCCUAUACGGCGUCCUGGUACUCCAAGCUUGAAUCAAAGUCCUAGGACUCUAUCAUACAGUCCGACUGAAAAUGCAGUUUUGAUCUGCUCAGAUCUGGACGGUGGUUCUUAUGAGUUGUACAUCAUACCGAAAGAUAGUGUUGGCAGGAGUGACGUUGUGCAAGAUGCAAAGAGAGAGACAGGUGGCUCUGCAGUAUUCAUUGCCCGUAACCGGUUUGCUGUUCUCGAGAAAAGCACCAGCCAAGUGCUAGUCAAAAAUCUUAAGAAUGAGGUGGUUAAAAAGAGUUCCCUGCCUAUUCCCACAGAUGCUAUCUUUUAUGCCGGGACUGGAAAUUUGCUUUGUAGAUCUGAGGAUAAAGUAGUUAUAUUUGACCUCCAGCAAAGGCUUGUUCUUGGUGAACUUCAGACACCAUUUGUAAGGUACGUUGUUUGGUCCAGUGAUAUGGAGAGUGUUGCUUUGCUCAGCAAACAUACUAUCAUUAUCGCGAGCAAAAAACUUGUUCUCCAGUGCACGCUUCAUGAGACGAUACGUGUGAAAAGUGGAGCUUGGGACGAUAAUGGUGUCUUCAUUUACACAACUUUGAAUCAUAUCAAGUACUGUCUUCCUAAUGGAGAUAGUGGAAUCAUCCGAACCCUGGAUGUCCCAAUCUAUAUCACCAAGGUGUCUGGUAAUACAAUCUUUUGCUUAGAUCGGGAUGGGAAAAACAAGGCUAUCACCAUUAAUGCAACCGAGUACAUUUUCAAGCUUUCACUGCUGAGAAAGAGAUAUGAUCAUGUCAUGAGCAUGAUAAAGAACUCCCAGCUAUGUGGACAGGCUAUGAUUGCUUACCUGCAGCAGAAGGGAUUCCCUGAAGUUGCCCUCCAUUUUGUUGAAGAUGAGAGGAUCCGAUUCAACCUGGCUCUUGAAAGUGGCAACAUCAGUGUGGCUGUUGCAUCCGCUACACAGAUUAACGAGAAAGACCACUGGUAUAGACUUGGGGUGGAGGCUCUUCGCCAAGGUAAUUCUGGAAUUGUUGAGUUUGCAUACCAGCAGACAAAGAACUUUGAGAGGUUAUCUUUUCUUUAUCUCAUUACUGGUAAUUUGGACAAGCUUUCAAAGUUGAUGAAGAUUGCGGAAGUAAAGAACAACGUAAUGGGUCAGUUUCACAAUGCUCUCUACCUAGGAGAUGUUAAAGAGCGUGUUAAGAUACUGGAGAAUGCUGGUCAUUUGCCUCUAGCUUAUAUUACGGCUUCGGUUCAUGGUUUAAAUGACAUUGCUGAGCGACUGGCAACUGAGCUAGGAGACAAUGUGCCCUCUUUGCCUGAAGGAAAAACUCCAUCGCUUCUCAUGCCACCGACACCCAUCAUGUGCGGUGGUGAUUGGCCUCUUCUGAGAGUGAUGAAAGGAAUAUUUGAAGGAGGACUUGAGAGUGCAGACAGAGGAGGUACUGUUGAUGAAGAAGAUGCUGAAGGUGAUUGGGGUGAGGAACUUGACAUAAAUGUUGAUGGAAUGGAGAACAGAGACAUCGAAGACAUCUUGGCGGCUGCAGAAGCAGGUGAAGAAGAAAACGAUGAGGAAGGUGGAUGGGGAGGACUUGAAGACUUGGAGCUCCCACCAGAGCUUGACACUCCUAAAGCCUCUGCUAAUGCACGUUCAUCGAUUUUUGUGACACCUCCCCAAGGUAUGCCCGUAAGUCAGAUCUGGAGCCAGAAAUCUUCUCUUGCUGCUGAGCAAGCUGCAGCGGGAAGCUUUGACACUGCAAUGCGUCUGCUCCACAGACAGCUUGGUAUAAAGAACUUUACACCUUUGAAAUCGAUGUUUCUUGAUCUGUUCAAUGGCAGCCAUAGUUAUCUGCGUGCUUUUUCUUCAUCUCCUGUUGUUCCACUUGCCAUUGAACGUGGAUGGAGCGAGUCUUCCAGUCCCAACGUCCGUGGCCCACCAGCUCUUGUUUAUGAUUUCUCUCAGCUAGACGAGAAGCUCAAGUCCGGCUACAAAGCCACAACAACUGGGAAAUUCACUGAGGCUCUCCGUCUAUUCCUUUCUAUCCUCCACACCAUUCCUCUAGUGGUAGUCGAGUCAAGAAGAGAAGUCGAUGAGGUUAAGGAAUUAAUCGUGAUCGUUAAAGAAUAUGUCCUUGGUCUUCAAAUGGAGCUCAAGAGGAGAGAGAUGAAAGAUGAUCCAGUGAGGCAGCAAGAGCUCGCUGCUUACUUCACUCACUGCAACCUCCAAACACCUCACUUACGGCUUGCGCUGCUUAGUGCAAUGGGCGUCUGCUACAAGGCAAAGAACCUCGCCACUGCUUCUAAUUUCGCCAGAAGACUGUUGGAAACAAGCCCAGUGGAUAACCAGGCCAAGAUGGCUAGACAAGUUGUGCAAGCCGCUGAACGUAACAUGACCGAUGAAACCAAGCUUAACUACGACUUCAGGAAUCCGUUUGUGAUAUGUGGUUCCACAUAUGUCCCGAUUUACAGAGGACAGAAAGACGUCUCAUGUCCUUACUGCACUGCCCGGUUUGUACCAAACCAGGAAGGAAACAUCUGCACGGUCUGUGAUCUAGCAGUGAUUGGCGCAGACGCAUCUGGUUUGCUAUGCUCUCCAUCUCAAGUCCGAUCUAUUGAACUGCAGAAAUGGCGUAAUUUGAGAUUUGCAGUGAAGCUUUUAGAAAAUGCAUCUUCUUUUAGAAGAUCUAUUGCUAGUGUUGCUGAUGUGAGCCUUAGAGAUUGUCAAAAAGGUAAGAACUUUACUGUCUCUUACCUCGUUGAUUCACUUGGUUUAGCUAAAAAGGUCGCAGAAUCGAUUUCAAGAAAAGUCAGUUUCGAGAACAAGAGCAAUCCUGAUUCUGUUUUGAGUCUUUUGAGAAGUCAUGGGUUCACAGUUUCUCAGAUCUCCAGCAUCAUUACGGAUUAUCCACUAUUGCUCAUAGCAGAUGGUGAAAAUUCCCUUGGUCCCAAGCUUCAGUUUCUGCAGUCCAGAGGAGCUUCAAGCUCUGAGCUCACUCAGAUUGUUUCUACAGUUCCGAAAAUCUUGGGAAAGAGAGGGGGAAAAACACUCAGCAGAUACUAUGAUAUCGUCAAAGAGAUUGUAGAAGCGGAUAAGAGUUCCAAGCACGAGAAGUUAUGUCAUUCUUUGCCAGUUGGUAAUCUAGAGAACAAAAUCCGGAAUAUAUCGGUUUUAAGAGAGUUAGGUGUGCCUCAGAGGUUGUUAUUCUCCUUGCUCAUCUCCGAUCGCCAACCUGUAUGUGGAAAAGAAAAAUUUGAAGAAUCCCUCAAGAAGGUUGUUGAGAUGGGUUUUGAUCCCACCACUGCAAAUUUUGUUGGUGCUCUGCGCGUUAUUCAAGGAUUUAGCGACAAAACAGUAGAAGAAAAGGUCAAUCUCUAUAAAAGGUUAGGCUUUGAUGUGGGAGAUGUAUGGGAAAUGUUCAAGAAGUUUCCAACGUUUCUAGGACUCUCGGAGAAGAAAAUAGCCAACUCCAUUGAAACAUUUGUAAGUCUAGGAUUCACCAGAGAUGAGAUUGUGGUCAUGGUCAAGCGCUUUCCUCCGUGCAUUGGAUGUUCUGCAGAGUCGGUGAAGAAGAAGACUGAAUUUCUGGUAAAGAAGAUGAAUUGGCCACUAAAGGCUGUGGCUUCAUUCCCUCAGGUAAUUGGAUACAGCCUAGAGAAGAGGACUGUCCCAAGGUGUAAUGUAAUUAAAGUUCUCAUCUCAAAAGGAAUGCUCGGAAGUGAACUCCCUCCAUUGUCGUCUGCAUUGUCGAUUACUGAUCCAGCUUUCUUAAACAAGUAUGUGAUGAAUCAUGAUGACACGCAGCUCGUGCGUGAGUUAAUCGCUAUCUUCACCAAAAAUCGUGGUUCACUCACUGAUCACCUAAAACAAUGAGCAACGUUAGGGAUUAUUUUUUCUUUAUGUUAGUUUUAGAUUCAUUGGUGAAUCUUUUGAUGCCUGACUGUGAGAAGCAGAAUGAAAUUAAUACUAACUG